AUGACAGCUACAACAACUACUACAAUAGUUAAUUUACCAAAAAAUAAAACAGGACUUUUUGCUGGUGAUACUAUACAAGAAGUUAAAUCAUUAAAAAGUCAACCAAUUAUAAUGUCACGUCAAUCUCGUCAUACAAAUUCAACUAAUCAAUUAUCAAUACCAUCUGAACAAAGAAAAAUUUCAAAAAUUCAACAAUAUUAUCGUAUUGAUAGAAUAAAUGCAUUAAAAAAUGAUACAACAAAUAAUUUGUUAUUAAGUAAAAAUAUUCUAAGAACUGGUUUUCGUCCAUCACCAAUACGUCAUCAAAAAUUACAUGAAACAAAUUCAUCUUCAUCAAAACAACCAUUUAGUCCAUCACAUACUUCAACAAAAUUAAAAUCCGAAAUUGAUCAUCUUAAUAAUAAAUUAAAACUUCAUGGAGAUUUAAAUAAACUUUUACGAACUCAACAAAAUCGAGAUACAAUUGCUACUCCACGUAGUGCUUUAUCAUAUUCAACAUCAUAUCGUAUUUCAUCUGCAAGUACAAAUUAUAUAGUUGAUAUUGGUCAUCAACGUUAUCCAUCAGCUAUAACAAAUAAUACUAUAAAUACGAUUAUAUCAAAUUCAGGAACGAUUGAUAUAUUGAGUAAAUCAACACAAAGUUUAUCUGGUAUAACGGAAUCAUCACCAACAAUCAAUGAAGAAGAUAAUAAUACUAAUAAUCAUCAAAUAACUCAUGCUUAUCAAAUUCCACAACAAUCAAAUGUUGGAAAUGAAAGUAUUUUUCCUUUAAAUUCAUUACCACCACCAUCAUCAUCAUCAUUAUCAUCAUUAUCAAAUAGAAAAUAUUCUAAAAGAAAAGAUCAUCGUUCGAAAGGAACUAAAUCAGCUUCAUGUCCAUUUUAUGUUAUGUAUUUUACUAAUUUAGCUACACAACAACAACAACAACAACAACAACCGAGUGCUAAUAAUGAAAAUGAUAAAAUAUCAUUAUCAAUAUCAGCAACACCAAUACGUAAAGGAACAAUAAAUUCUCGUACAAGUACAUCUUAUUCACGUCGUCAAUCAAUAAGAAGACAUGUUAAUAGUCCAAUAAGUUUGAAUACAUAUUCAACUAUUGAUGAUGAUGAUGAUGUUGAUAAUCAAACAACAAAUACAACAUCAUAUUAUAAUAAUAAACGUUUUUCAGCUCGAAUAGCUGCAUUUGAAAAUGAAAAUUCUCAUUUAUUAAAAGAUAUUCUACGAACUACAUCAUGGAAUCAUGUACAAGUGUAA